AAACUAUCAGCUGGCAACACUUCAUUCACAAAAAAAAAAAAAUGAAGUUACGAUUUCACGAUUCACAAAAUCUGUAAAUUGUAAAAUAAAUAAUGUAUGUUUGGAAGCUUUAAAGGAUUAUGGCCAUAUUUUAAAUACCACGAAAUGCUAAAAGUUACACGAGUAACUCAUUAGAAAAUCUAGUGGAAUGAUUUGGAUGAAUAAGAAAAACUAUUGACAUUCACGUAUUUUGGAUACGCACUCUUUUCUAUUUCCUAUACCAAAAUAUAAGAUAAACAUGGAUAAUUCAGCGAUAAACACCCUGGAAACUGCAGCUCAAAUGCUAAUGGCACCGCCAAAUUUAGUGAGUUCUGAGCAAAGGCAUCAAGCGGAAAGUGUAUUCCUUGAAUUCAGAAGCACUAAAAACCCAUAUCAGCUGUGUAGGGAGAUUCUAGAGAAGUCUACUUCAGAUUAUGUCCUCUUUGAGGCUGCAGGAUUGAUUAAAACGGCACUUAUUCGAGAAUGGAACUUAUUGUCUGAGAAUGACAUUUCCUCGCUGCGGGAAUAUUUACUUAGCUAUUUGCUUAGGAAGGAAGCUCCUCCAUUUUUAAAAGAAAAGCUGCUACAGACAAUUGCAGUUAUAAUAAAGAGAGGCAGCAUAAGCGAUGGAGGCAGAGAGAGAAAAGCAUUACUUGAUGAAUUAGAGAAAAUAAUCCUUAGCUCACCGAUAAGCCAACAAAAAUUAGCAUGCUCCCUUAUAUUAGCAAUAAUGCAAGAAUAUGCCAUCACUGUAAAAUCAGCUGACGUAGGCUUAAUAUGGGAAGUCCACUUCCGUCUUAAAAAGUCAUUUGAGGCUUUAGAUUUAAAAAGAAUCUUUCGUUUCACUGUUGGUGUUUUGGAACAAAUUGUGCGGUCGGGACAUCACCCUGAAGGAGAGCAGGCUUUAUUAACAAAACAGUUAUUAACCAUAGUUGAAACUGUUUUAUGUUGGAGUCACGUAUCUCCAUACCUAUCAAAAAGGCUGAUAGGCGCAUUUGAGGCUAUUUACGAAAGUGAUACAGCUCCUGCACUGCGUUUAAGCUUAAACUGGAAGGAUACUAUAAUGCAACCAGAGCUAAUUGCUUUAUUUUUUGAAAUACACAUGUAUGUUAGAACUACACCUGAGUUGGCAAGUCCAUCCCUUACCUGUUUAGUGCAAUUAGCUAGUUUGAGCGGGGUAGUUGUAUCCGCUGGUAAUUUAAAACAGCAGUACUUGCAAUAUUUUGAGAACUAUGUGAAUAGUUUUAUGAGAAUGCUGGCAUUCAUACAGCCAUUAGAGAGAGAAAUGUUGGGCAUAUCGGAUAUUUAUAGGCGACUCGUACAGUUUUUUACCCCAGCUAUGAUAGCGUCGACACCUCCAGCGUUUCUACAGAAUCUAACGAAUUAUACUUGUCACUGCAUUAGAGGAUCUAUUAUUGAGGAGGGUGUGAACGACGACACAGUAUGGCGAGAAUCUCUCAACAAGUUCCUUCACACUUGGAGUUCAAUAGUGCAUGACACUAAUGAGUUUUCCAAUGAGAGGCUCAUGAGUCCUUGCAUUGAGAUCUUCAUGACGUAUCUGCAGUGUCGACUCGCGCCGCCCGACGGAACAAGAGGUACGGAAAGCAGUGACGGUUGCGGUGACGAUAUUAAGGACGAAGUAGAAGACGACGAGCGGCAACUACAUAGCAACGUUUUGCUGACAAUCGGAGCGAUCGCACGAAAAGCGCCCGCGCAUUGCUGUCACGUGCUGUUUAAUUUGCUUACUGAUAGGAGCAAAAGGCUCGAAAAUCAACUGCAGUUGAUGCACAUGGGCAAAUUACAAGUCAGUGGCGGGGAACAACUGGUCACUCUGUUUGAAGACCUUCACUGGAUUUUGAUGAUAACAGGUCAUUUCCUAGCAGUGGACUGUACGGAGGGCGAAACGGUAAUGAUUCCGAGCGAAUUAGUACAGUACAGUAUGUCGCAAAACGCAGACAUCGACGCUUCGCUACGAUAUCUAGUCGGAGAGAGCACUUGUACUGACAAUGUGGAUCCGAUAUUGAAGUUGGUGGGUGAAAUCCUGCGUAUAAGUUCGUGGGAGUGUGCGGCGCUGGAGGCGGGGCUGGCCGCCGUGUUCAGCCCCGAGCUGUCCGCCACUCUGUCGUGGCUGCUCAAGAUCUGGGCCAACUCCUACCUAGUGCCGCAACCCUCGCAGUACUCAGAGGUACUGGAGGUGGCGUUCGGGCGAGGUUCGCGCGGGGUGUCGUGGGUGGUGGCGCUGGUGGCGCGCCGCGCGGCCGCCACGCUGCGCCACCUGGCCACGCAGCCCGCGGCCGCCAAACACGCGCUCAUGCUGCUGGCUACACUCGCGCAUUCGCAUCACAAAGAAAGUCCCUUGGCGAGCUGUGAAGAGUUUCUAGCGUUAGUGGCGUGGGAGGCAGCAGGUAGCAACUUGCCUGGAGAGCUCAGACGAGAGUUGCACAGAGCUUUCGCUAUUGCGGCCACUUUCGCUGAAGGAGACGUAAGGAACCGUCUACUGGGCAGUACGGUGGCGCUUCAGGAGAAAUUAAUGAACAUUAUCAACAUGGAGUCUGACACUGAGCCUGUUCGCACCCUACUCGCGGAUACGUUGGACUGCUUUAUUGGAGUCACUGAGGGUGUGCUUGAGGUAGGAACGAUGGAUGAGCAGUUUAUAAUGCUGAUGGGAGCGCUGGACAAGAUCCCUGCGAUCAUCUUCCGCUACCACAACUACCCGGGCGUGGUGCUGCCCGCGCUCAACCUGCUCGCCAAGAGCGCCAAGCGCAUGCUGCAUUCCGUCCAGCCGCAGAACGUGAAUAAAUUUCUGGAAGUGUGUAAUACAACAUUUGAAGUGUACAUGAGAUGGAAUUCCGGUAAAAUAUCCAGUAUUCCACAAGACGCUGAAGAGGAAGCUUAUGAGGAUAUAUGUGCCCUAAUGGAGGUUAUAAGUAGCGUGUCGCGUUGCGGAGCGGGUUGCGGGGCGGAAGGGGCGUGGGGCGGGGCGUGCGCGCGCGGGCUGCGACUGUUGUUGCCGCUAAUCACGCCGCCUUUACUAGCGCUACCUACUUUGGCUCUACGCGCAUAUCGCAUGCUACGAGACCUGGAUCACGCCGAUCAGCUAACCAACCUGCCGCUAGAAGAUUUCAACAUGGUGGUCACAGCGCUACGCGUAGGCCUCACUGCCGUUUCCUGUGACGUGUCCACGUUAUGCUGCGACACUAUUGUGGGUCUCGCGAACAAAGUGCGCACUCUAGGCGACGACAAUCCAUACGCGAUCUCCCUUUUGUCCCUCGCAGAAUUACUAUUAAUGCUCAUUAUAAAGAUGGAAAUUCCACCGGAUUCAAUCCCGGCAGCCGGAGCCGCGAUAUACGCACUAACUUGCGUCAAACCAGCAUUACUUGAAGGUUUAGCGAGGCAACUUAUUGAAGCAUUCGCGGUCAACGACCCGGCUAAUGUACCGAGGCUGGAGGAAGCCUUCGGAGUUCUCACUAAUGGAGUACUAUUCGACGGUCUAAGAACUCACAAGAUUCGUUUCCAGGACAACUUCGAUAAGUUCCUGGCCAACGUACACGGUUUUCUAAUCGUCAAAUAAUUUUAAUAUUCCACACUUUUGGAUUCGCUUAUUGAUUCUUCGUCGUCGGUUUGAAAUUACCGUAGUGUAUAAUACGAACGGUAAAACCUCAAAAUAUUUACGGACAAAUUACUUCUUUGUCUUGUAACGAGCCGAUUUAAUGCGGUGUAGAAACGAUUGCAUACAUCAAUGUAUUAUAAACCGUAUUGCAUGCCUACAAGGUUAAAAAUAGAAUGGCAAAGCUUUGUGACAGGUUCGUACAUGAAAAUCGUGGAUGAAACGGUAACUAGAAACUCAGACCAUUUCAAAAACAACCUAUCACGAUGGUAAUACACUGAAUGAAUUGUAAUAUUACCUGAAAUUUAUUAUUUACCAAUGUUAUACUUUGCAAAGCCCUGACGGGGCUUCAUGUUGUAAUAUUCUAAUAUUUUUAUCAUGGCAUGAAUGCAAAUAAAGGAAGAAUUAAGAAUAAUAUUUGAGGAGAUUUUCCUCGAAAUUUUAAUCUUGUUGCUUGGAUCUAAUCUCCAAAAAUAUCAUAUACCUACGUAUGUAUCCGCAUUUCAUGUUUUUGAACUAAAUUUUAAUUUUUAACGAUCGAUGACUAGUCAAGGAGCCAUGGAGGAUUGAUUCUCAGUAGAAAAGACUGUUUCGCGAUUAAAUUAAAUGGAUUAUGAUUGUAUUUAAUGGAUUGAAUCAUGUACGAGAAUGUU